AUGAACAUGAACGCGCUCAACAACGCUCUUGGCCAAAUCAUCAACCGUCCCGCGAGCCAGCGUCCCAGUGGCCCAAGACUUUCACCAUGGUCGACCCCCGCCGUGCCAGAUAGCGCGUGGAGCUCGCGAGACUUCAUGCUUGGCGCAGGCAUGGUGCUCAUCCAGAGGAGGACGCACAAGAUCGUGGUCGUGCAUGAGACGAGGAAGGACUACUGGUUCUUCCCGCGUGGAAGGAAAGAUGUUGGCGAGAGCUUGGAGCAGGCGGCGUUAAGAGAGGCUUAUGAAGAGUCAGGAUACCGUGCCCAGUUCCUACCUCUGAUCAACCGCACACACCAACCAACCUCACCUCAGGUCCACGAUUACGACAGUUACUACAACACCGAACCCGUGUUCAUGUCUCUUACAUCGUGGCGGCCACGACGGCGGCGCAACGGGACGAUGGAGCGGUAUGGGGGCGAGUACCUCACGACAUGGUACGCGGGGAUGAUAGAAGAAGACGCCGUAGCGGAGACUGGCACUGGCAUGCCGGAUGAACAAGACUAUCAGAGCCAUGUCUUACCCUUCGAUGAGGCCGAACGACUAGUCUUCGGUGUCGAGCGUCAGAUCCUCUUCUACGUCUGGGAGAUGUAUAUAGAGACAAUCAAAGCUAUACGAGACUUCGAGCGCCAGGAGGCUGAACGAAUUGCAGCGUCCCAAGAAGCUCCACCUAUCGACGAGCACAUCGCCGAACCCGUUGCAACUCAAUCGUGA